ACUUGGAAAAAAUUUAAAAAAAUUAAAUCGAAAGAUGAAUGAAAGUAAAUUAAGUAAUUCUAUGGAUGACUUCUGCGAACGCAUGGACCAAUGGAAACAUGGUGAAGGUGAACCCCUUCGUCAUGCAUUUAGUUUGGGACAAUUGUUGUUAAAAGAAAAUCCAAAUUCAAAAGGAGUAGAUGGAGCUACUCGUGGUAUAUUUCUUAUUGGUGAUCAGAGUUCAUCAAAGUCUACUACCGUAAACAGUAUUAUAAAACAAGUCGCACUUCAAAUGGGUAAUAAUACCGUCACUAAAAUCAGAACUUGGAUUGAUCAUCGUUACGAUCCUGAUUUGAAAGAAGCAAAAUAUGACUUGCUGAUAGAACAUGAUAAUCCAGAAAAAACAGAAAGGCUUGUUCAUAAUGGCACCUUACAAGAUCUAACCACUGAAUUUACAACACUUAACGCCAGUAAUCUGGAUGAUAAAAAGGAUGCACGAAUUAUUAUCCACUCCAACAUUCCAUCUUUUGCGAUAGAUUGUUGUGAUAAUCCGGGAUUGACCCCAACCAAUGCUAACGUACAAAUGAUCACUGAUAGUAUUACUCGUCGUACAUUAGAAAAGGUGUUAGAACGUCAAAAGUCACAAAAUGACAGUAUAGUACUGUUGUGUAUCUCAGCAACAAGAGCUUUUGAAAACCCAUCUUGGCCUCGACAUAUGGAUUUAAUUGAAAAAAUUAAUGGUGAGAAUCUAAUUGUCCUUGUUACAAGGAUGGAUCUACUUAAUAUUAAUGAAGUUUCUCAAGAGAUAAGAACUAAUAAAGAAUUCAUAAGAAAGUUAACUGGUAGUGAUCUUGAUAUUCAAGGGACAAACAAAAAUAGUAACAAUAAAAAUAAGGGAAAAAAUUCUAAUAAUGAUUUCGGACCUCUUCGCUGUAGUUCCUGGGAUAUCCUCCAAUAUUUUCGCACAAAAUUUGAACAUCAAGCCAGUCCUCAUCAUUUUCCAGAUGGUGUGCAGUUUCAUUACGCGGCUUCAAGUAGCGUAGGUUGGGAAGAUUUGUUGGAGCAGGGAUGGGAUGCAUUUGAGAAAUCAGAGCACAAAAACAAUGAAAAGAUGCAUAAAAUUCUUCUCGGCAAUAAAGAUGAAUGGAAAGAGCAUGGCAUUGAACUGAUUGAAAUGAAUGAUAAACAACAAAUUGAAUUUGAAAAUUCUGUUGGAAUGAUGAAAUUACAGGAAAAAUUACUCCAUACAUUACAUAUACAUAUUGUAAAAGCUGCAGAAGAACUUAUGAAUUAUACAUCUGAAUGGAAAUCUAACAAAACCAGUCAACUACAUAAAAUGUUAAAAAGUAUUGAGUCUUUUAAAGAUCGAUCAGAAUUGAUAACUUCAUUCUGCAAGGAGUUUAUAGUAGUAUUUCAGACACUCUUUGUUUCACCAUUAUAUACUCCAACUAUUCAUUCUAACAGUCGAUUGAAAAAAUUUGGAAAUGAAAUCAAAAACGCACGAGAAACUAGAACAGAUUAUGGUUGGUCAUUAAAUGAUAUGUGGAAAAUUUUCGAAGAACUUAGAGGUACUAACGGAUUCGCAGAAUUUCCGCCUCAAGAAUUUUGCGAUGCGGAUUUUCAAGACUACAUUGACGACAUUGAGAAUUAUAUCAAUUCUGCUGAUGUUCAUUUAAAUACUACGCAAAUGUUAAUACAGCGGUUAACACAAGAAUAUACAUUGAGGUCAUCUCUUAUUAGUUUACAAAAACUUGAUGUUAAAAAGUUCGUUUCACGUCAG